AUGGUUGCCAUGUACGCCAGCUCCGGCGAUCUCGCCUCAGCUGUGAAUGUGUUUCAUAGCGUAAACUACCCAUCUACACUUUUGUAUAACUCGAUUAUUAGGGCUCAUACUCUUCAUGGUUACAUUGCGAAAAGUAUCGAAAUUUAUGGACAGAUGCAUUGUUUGGGACUAAAGGGUGACCAUUUCACCUACCCUUUUGUGCUCAAGUGUUGUGCUGAGUUGUCUGAUGUUCGUAUUGGGAAAUGUGUUCAUGGGUUGAGCUUGAGAACUGGGUUGGAGUCUGAUGUGUAUGUUGGGACUUCUUUGAUUGACAUGUAUGUGAAAUGUUGUGAGAUGAGCAAUGCACGUAUGGUGUUUGAUGAAUUGUCUGUGAGAGGAGUUUCGUCGUGGAAUGCGAUGAUUGCUGGGUACAUGAGAGAGGGAGAGAUUUGUGUUGCUGAGGAGUUGUUUGGGGAAAUGAGGUGCAAGAAUAUUGUGUCUUGGACUGCUAUGAUAUCGGGGUAUACGCAGAACGGGAUGGCUGAGCAGGCAUUGGGUGUGUUUGAUGAGAUGUUGAGGGAAGAUUCGGAGGUUAAGCCGAAUUGGGUGACGGUAAUGAGUGUACUUCCUGGGUGUGCACAUUCGGCUGCGCUAGAGCGGGGGAGGAAGAUUCACGAGUUUGCUAGAGGGAUUGGUUUGGAGAAGAAUGCUUCCAUACAGACGGCGCUGGUGGCAAUGUAUGCUAAAUGUGGGAGCCUUUCUGAGGCUCGUCAGUGUUUUCAGAGGAUUAGUGGAAGUGAGAAGAGUUUGGUUGUGUGGAAUACUAUGAUCACUGCUUAUGCGUCCCAUGCACGCGGAUCAGAAGCUGUGUCCACUUUUGAGGACAUGGUGAGAGCUGGUGUUCAACCUGAUCACAUAACAUUCACGGGAUUGUUAUCUGGUUGCAGUCAUUCGGGGCUUGUUGAUGUUGGCUUAAAAUACUUUGAUGGCAUGAAGACAGUAUACUCUGUUGAACCAAGAGUCGAACAUUAUGCUUGUGUUGUUGAUCUAUUGGGUCGUGCAGGGCGAUUGAUGGAGGCAAUGGAUGUUGUACAUAAAAUGCCAAUGCAAGCAGGGCCAAGCAUUUGGGGCGCACUGUUAUCAGCUUGUCGAAACCACUCAAACUUGGACAUUGCUGAAACUGCAGCCAGAAAUCUCUUCAUUUUAGAACCAGACAACAGUGGCAAUUAUGUCCUGCUAUCAAAUAUAUAUGCUGAAGCUGGCAUGUGGAAGGAGGUGGACAAAUUGAGAAUUCUAUUAAAAUCUCAAGGGAUGAAGAAGAGCCCUGGAUGCAGUUGGAUAGAGGUCAAUGGGAAAGCCCAUCUGUUUCUUGGUGGAGAUACAUCUCAUCCUCAAGCAAAGGAAGUUUACAUGUUACUGGAGGAGUUACCGAAAAAAAUGAAGGCGGCUGGUUAUGUACCUGACACUAGGUUUUCUUUGCAUGAUGUUAGUGAAGAGGAGAAAGAACAUAACCUUACAACCCACAGUGAAAAGCUUGCCAUUGCCUUUGGACUUCUUAACACUGCUCCUGGAGUGGUUCUUCGUGUGACAAAGAACCUUAGAAUUUGUGGAGAUUGUCAUACAGCCACCAAGUUCAUAUCUAUGAUCUAUGGGAGGGAGAUUAUCGUAAGAGAUGUGAAUCGAUUCCAUCACUUUAAAGACGGAUGCCAUCAACCGCAUUCAGAUGGAUAUAUACCAAAAUCCCUCGCAAGAGUACCCAUGUUGCCAAAGGAAGAACUAGAGCAAGAUUCUAAGCUGUACAAAGUGACAUCUGACUGCUACAAUCUGAGCAUUCUUGCUACGGAAUUGGAAGACAUUCAUGAACCUUUAGCUGACCUAAACCAUGGUUUGAUCAACAGAAAGGGCGCUCUUCGUUGA